AUGGCCCCUGCGCUUGCACCCAUGCUUCCUGCGCCUCCAGUUGUGGUGCGGGAGCCCAUCUCCCAAGUGUGCCAGAAUUACCAUGCCAACUGCGAGGCCUCUAUCAACCACCGGAUCCGCUUGGAGCUCCACGCCUCCUACGUGUAUCUGUCCAUUGCCUUCUAUUUCGACCGCCCGGACCAAGCCUGGAAGCACUUCGCUACCUUCGCGUGGCCGUCGAGGGAAGAGUGGGAGCACGCCCAGGCAUGGAUGAGGCUGCGGGACCAGCGAGGGGGUUGUAUCCGCGUGCGAGAUAUCAGGGGGCCUGACGACAGCCAGUGGGAGAGCAGCCUGAAAGCCGUGAAAAGCGCCUUGCCCGUGGCGAGGAUGGUGAACCAGAGCCUGCGCAAUCCGCACCAUCUGGCCGCCAAGAAGAACGAUCCCACCUGUUCGAUUUUCUAG